GUCCUCUGUAAAUACUUAUGUGUCCUAUUAUGAACUAAUCAAGAUUAUUAUAAUGUUGAAAUAAAAUAAAAUAGCUAAGGAUUUAUGAAAUUUUGCCAGAAAAUCAGUAAAAUUUUCCUCACUCUUAAUCAUGAAUCCAAUCACCACUUUUAAUCUUAUCAUAGCUCUCACUCUCCUCCAAUCACUAUCCGCCACGUCACGCCUCUCCAUCCUCCAACGCCGCGGCGACGACCUCUCUGUCUCCGUCGCUGACUAUGGCGCCACAGGCCGGGGGCGCCGCUACGACACCGUUGCGAUCCAAUCCGCCAUCGACGACUGCGCCUCCUCCGCCGCCCGCCAUCUCCGCACCUGCCAGGUCAACUUCCCGCCGGGAAAUUACCUGACGGCGACGCUCUACCUGAAAUCCGGCGUCGUGCUGGACGUAUCUACGAACGCCACCGUCCUCGGCGGCACCAGGCUGCAGGACUACCCUGAGAAGCAGGAGAAGUGGUACGUGGUGCUGGCGGAGAAUGCGUCGGACGUGGGGAUCACUGGCGGCGGGGAGAUCAACGGCCAGGGUUUGGAGUUCGUGACGAGAUUCGAUGAGAGGAAGAAUGUGAUGGUGAGCUGGAAUCGCACUGGCGCGUGCUCAGGCGAUGAGUGCCGCCCGCGAUUGGUAGGGUUUAUUGAUUGCAAAAAUGUCAGGAUCUGGAAUGUCAGCUUCAAUCAGCCUGCUUAUUGGUGCCUGCAUAUUGUUCGAUGUCAGAACACAUCAAUCCACGACACUUCCAUCUACGGGGACUUCAACACGCCUAACAACGAUGGCAUAGACAUUGAGGACUCGAACAAUACAUUGAUAACACGAUGCACCAUAGACACAGGAGAUGAUGCUAUAUGUCCCAAGACAUAUAAUAGCCCUCUCCACAAUCUCACUGCAACCAACAGCUGGAUUAGAACCAAGUCCUCAGCCAUCAAACUCGGAAGUGCCAGUUGGUAUGCUUUCAGAGGUUUGUUGUUCGACAACAUAACCAUUUUCGAAUCCCACAGAGGGCUCGCUCUACAGAUACGAGAUGGAGGAAAUGUUAGCGACAUUACAUUUUCGAACAUCAAUAUCAGCACAAGGUACUACGAUGAACUAUGGUGGGGAAGAGCAGAACCUAUUUACAUCACAACUUGCCCGAGAGACAGCAGCUCGACAGCUGGCUCCAUUUCCAACCUGCGGUUCAUAAACAUCACUGCAACUUCUGAAAACGGAGUGUUCUUGUCGGGAUCAGAAGGUGGAGUCCUGAGCAACAUAAAGAUGCAUAACGUGAGCCUAAGUUACAAGCGGUGGACAAACUACACGGGUGGGCUUGUGGACUACAGACCAGGGUGCCAAGGGCUGGUGAAUCGCAGUACGGCAGGGUUGAUGAUGGAACACAUUGAUGGGUUGGAUCUUGAAGAUGUGAGGAUGAGGUGGGCUGAGGAGAAGAACAACAAACAGUGGAAUAAUCCACUCGAUUUUCUUCCAUCAACUGUGAAUAAUGUUUCAUUGCUCAAUUUCAAUACUGGGUUGUGGCAAAAAUGAGAUCAAGAUGCAGGCUUGUUAAGUAAUUAUGCCAUGCUCUUAUUCAAUUCCUUGUUCUGUUUUUCUGUGAUUAUACUUUUCUUCUUUUUUUCUGGUAUCUAAAUCUCGAAUGAAAUUUUAGUAGUAACACUUGCAUA